AUCGUAUGAUCCGCAUACGAAUUCGUACGAACGUAAAGUGUGUAAUGCAUUACAAAAUCAACAUCCAUUUAUUUAUAUAUUUACAUAUAGUAUUUAGUAUAUUUUUUUAUUCGAAAUAAAUAUAUAUAAUUAUGUAAUUCCUUUUUAUGUGAUGUUGAAUAUGUUAUCUUUAUAUCUGAACAUAUUACAAUAAUCAAUUAUUGUAAUACUUAAAUAAAUAAUUAGAUAUAUGCAUCUGGAAAAUGAUGUCAUGUAUAGUUAAUAUAUUUUUUUGUAAAAGAAAGAUGCCAAAAAUAUUUUUUUGGAAACAAAUAUAUUUUUAUGCGGUAAUUAUAAUCUUAUACAGUUUAACAUUCGUUAACAGUGCUAAAAUAAAUCAAUUCAAAGUCUGUGGACCGUCUUCCAAAAAUCCUCAAAGUUUGAUAUUUGUAAGUACAUUGGAUGGCAAAGUAUCAGCAUUGGAUGCUGCCAAUAAUGGAAAGAAACUAUGGGCUUUGGAUUUUGGCAAGAGUCCCAUGUUAUCGUCUAACAUUCAUCGGAGAGAACUUAAUAAUAAUGGACAAUGGGUUAGAUUAAUUCCAUCCUUAGGAGGUGGAUUAUAUAAAUUUGAUGGUGAAAAUCUAGAAAAAUUACCAGUGACAACCGAACAAUUAUUAUCUUUAUCAUUCCGUUAUUCUGAUGAUUUAGUAUUUUCUGGAGGCAAAGAAACACGAUCAUAUGGAGUACUGAGUACAACUGGAAAAAUAUUAUAUGAAUGUAAAAUCGAUGGUUGUCGUAAUUAUACUACUACAGACACUCAUAUUGAUAAAGAAAUACUUGUCAUUCAACAUUUUCAACAAACUGUCAGAGCAGUUGAACCACAUAGUGGUGCAGAAAAAUGGAACUUCAGUGUAGGACAGCACGAGUUACUUUUAACUUCCAAUCAAGAUAUGUGCCAUGAUGGUAAUAUUCCUGAAUUUGAGCUUAAAGUUAUUGUCCCUGAAGGACUGAUUUGGGCAGUUAAAAAAAAUUCUCCUAGCGUAAAAUUAUGGCAAUAUAAGUUUGAUUCUCCAAUUGUUACAAUAUGGCAAAAAGAAAAUACAAAAAAUAUUAACAAUAACAAAGGAUUAAAGGAAGUUAAUUUAUUUGAUAACUCUCAAUGGAUUUGGGGUUCCGAAUUUGCAAUAGGACCUAGUAUUUAUAUAGGAAUGCAUGACAGACAAUUAUAUGUACAAGAAAAUGCACAAGUUUAUAAAUCUUUGGGAUCGUCUUCAACUAAAUUUACAUUACAUUCACAAAUUCCUUGGCAACCGUAUCCUGCUAUUGGUACAGCACUGAUAACUAAUCCGUUAAGUAUAAAAGAAAAUGAUAAGAAUAACUCUUUUGAAAUAACUGAUGUACAAAGUACAACUGCUUUAUCUGUAAUGUAUAAUUCAGAAUAUAUUAAUGGAAAUGGUUUCUAUUUAUAUUUAAAGGAACAUUUACAAUCAAAUAGGAAUAAUCAAUCUUGUAAUGAUUCCAAUAUCCUUAUUACUAGCAGUGAAGAUAACAGAAGUUUUUAUGAAGAGAUCGAUGAUGAAUAUGAUAAUGAUGAAACUCCAGUACAAGUCAUUAUUGUCUCCCUAUGGUAUUGGUGGAAAGAAGUUUUAGUAAUAUCAAUUACUACGGCACUUUUACUAAAUUUUAUAUGGACUCAACAUCUAUUAAAUAGAACAGCAAUAACUAAAGACGCUAUACCUCCUCCCUUGAUAAUAGAACGCCACAUUGAAUGCAAGAAUGUCAACGAAAUUACAGAUCAAGGACAAAAUGUAAAUUUCAAAUCUCGUUAUUUAACAGAUUUUGAACCAAUUGAUUGUUUAGGCAAAGGUGGUUAUGGAGUUGUAUUUGAAGCUAAAAAUAAGAUAGACGAAUGUAAUUAUGCUAUCAAACGAAUUGCAUUACCUAAUAGUCAAGAUUCUAGAGAACGUGUUAUGCGUGAAGUAAAAGCAUUAGCAAAACUGGAUCAUUGCAAUAUUGUCAGAUAUUUUAAUGCAUGGCUUGAAUGUCCUCCUAUUGAGUGGUUAGAAGAACACGAUCGAGAAUGGAUUUCCAAGGAAAAUUUUCUAUCAUCAGAAUUUUUAUUAAAUGCUAAUAAAAAUGAGAAAAAAUGUGAUGGUUCCACUUGCAUUAAUGUUUCUAUAUCCGAACGGUCUUCUGUAGAUAGUGCUUGUGAAGCUUAUGUUUUAAAUCAUGAAAGUGAUGAUUCUUUUGUCGUAUUUGAACAUUCUGAAAAGUUGAAAAACGAAGAAAAUGUCAUAGAUAUUGGUAGUUCUAAUACAGAAAAUUCUGACUCACAAUGUUCUAAGGACAAUAAUUUGAAGGACGACGAUGAUUCUUUUUUUUCCCAAAACGUUCCAUCUUUUGGAAGUAAUAAUAAACUGUCCAGAAUGGAAGAAUAUAAAAAACGUAGAAAAUCUUCGCUUUCCAUAAAUUUAAAAGAAAAAUCUAAUAAUCGUAAAUCAACAAAAAUGUUUUUAUAUAUACAAAUGCAAUUAUGUCAAAGGCUUAGCCUCAGAGAAUGGCUGAAAAAGGAAAUGAAUCCAAGGGAUAGUAGUAUGAUAUUGAAUAUAUUUCAUCAAAUUGUUGAUGCCGUAGAAUAUGUUCAUUUGCAAGGUCUUAUUCAUCGUGAUUUGAAGCCAUCGAAUAUAUUUUUUGCUUAUGACGAUAAAAUAAAAAUUGGUGAUUUCGGCCUUGUUACUGCUAUGACCGAAGGUUACAAAGAAACUUAUUUUCCGUCAGAUCAAAGUGGAAAUAAUAAAAUAAACCAUAAUUUGCAUACGUCCUGCGUUGGUACUCAGUUAUAUAUGUCGCCUGAACAAAUGAACGGACAAAUUUACGAUUAUAAAGUAGAUAUAUAUUCUUUAGGAAUUAUUUUCUUUGAAUUGUUAAUGUCAUUCGAUACAGAAAUGGAAAGAAUAAUCAAUCUUACGAAUUUACGUAGAUUAUCAUUCCCAAAGAAUUUUGAUAUAUAUUUUCCAGCUGAGUAUACAUUAUUGAAAAUUAUGUUGGAUGAAAGACCUGAAAAGAGGCCUACAACACUGGGAAUCAAAGCAAGACCGCCAUUGUCGCAUUAUGGAAAAAAAAAUGGUUUUAGGAUAAAUGAAAGUUCAGAGUGGCAUUUUGAAUUACCACAACUUGCCAGAUAUUCAUCUGUAACAAAUGGUAGUAGUAAUAAUGAAUCACAGGUAAACACAAGUACAUAAAAGACUAUCAAUGUAAACAAUAAACUUAUUGUAAUUCCAUUUUGGAAUAUGUUCCUGUUUUUUUAAUCAUUAUAAAAAAGUUUAUAUCUCA